AUGACUAUGAUUGUUAAAAAUAUUUAUGGACCCACAACUGAUGAUGAUAUACCUCAAUUCGAAACAUCAUCAUCACUGAAUAAACAAGAACAACAUGCACUCAAUGAUCAACGACGGUUAAAUUACAAAUCAACUUGGUCAAUGAUCAAAUUCUUCUUCAAAUAUCAAUGCCAUUGGUUAUUUACUUUACCAAAUCAAGCAGCUUAUUUAAAUAGAAAAACAUAA